GCCAUAUAAUCAAGCAGAGUAUUUUAUACUUUUGUCGCAAGAGGGCUACAGUUUCCUGUUUCUUUUAGUUCACGAUAAACGUACGAAAUGGCAGACGCACCUGCUGAAUCAAAGGCGAAAACGAAAGCAAUCAAGAAACCAAAGGAGAAGCCAGUAGAGCCUCCUCCUUUGAAAAAGAGACCUUUCAAACGGCACGGACGUCUUUAUGCAAAGGCCAUUUUCACAGGAUAUAAACGGGGGCUUCGUAAUCAACAUGAACACACAGCGUUACUUAAAGUUGAAGGAGCUAGGAAUAAGGGGGAUUCGGAUUUUUAUGUAGGAAAACGAUGUGUCUACGUAUAUAAGGCAAAAAAUAAAACACCUGUUCCUGGCAAGAAAAGUAGGAAAACAAAAGUCAGGGCUAUUUGGGGUAAAGUAACCCGGCCACAUGGAACCAGUGGUUCGGUACGUGCUAAGUUUAAAAAGAAUCUGCCAGCUAAAGCCAUGGGCCACCGUAUCAGAAUUAUGCUGUACCCCAGUCGGAUAUAAAUAAAUUUUUCUGUUGUAGAAAA